AUGUCCCUCGGUCAAAAUUUGGCCUGGAUGCCCCCAGGCCACCUGCGCCCCCCAGAUGAUCACCAUUCCGAUGCGCGAGGUGUCAAUGGUCUAUCCAGAGUCUCGUCUGGUACGCGAACGCCUCAAAUGCGCUUUUCCGUCAGUGAACAGGGCUCCCAGGCCGGAAAUAUGAUCGCCGACGCAGACGCUGCCGCGGAGGAAGAUGCUCGCAUCACCCUUUUUCGCGACCUCUACAAUCUCAGCGAAGCCAAGAUAAACGCCUUGUUCAGCGCUAAAAGAAGCGAAUCCGCGCCUUCAGAGGCAGUUGCGACCGUCCCAGAAGCCCCGGAAAUUACUCCGGCCCGGCCCCAGGACUCGGGCCAACCGGCGAAGAAAGCUGCGCGAAAACUUGACGAUGACAAUUACGACGAAUAUGACGACGAGGAAGAAAGCGAAACUCAAGAAAAUGCAAACGCGUCUCCCUUGAAGGCUAGAUCUGCUGUGACGCCGCUCUACGAUGCGUCGCCCGCUCAACGACCGUCUCCCGCAACAGCUACUCCCGCAGACAGUGGCAAGGAUACCAAGAAAGACACAUUGGAGGAAACACGAAAGAAACUCGAAGAGGGCAAGAAGGCCACCGAACAGGCUGCGCGCCAAAGCUUUCAGACUAUGUUCCACACCCUCGAAAAUGACCAUGAUGCCAUGAAGGAGCAGGAACGACUCGAGGAGUCGGAGAGGCUCGUGGAAGCUGAGAUGUCCGGACAAGGUGUUAACAACUCUGGGAACAAUGGGAGCAGCGGCGCCAAUGGGUACGGGUCGCUGAGUAAUGCCAACCUCGGUGCCUCCAGUCUAACAUUGAAGAACCUCAUUGCCCGCAUUGAUAUGAAGCGCACAAUGGUGCAAGCAUCCGAUGCCGAGCUUCGCAGCUUGAUGAGCGAGGUCCGCAAAAAUCGGAGUAAGUGGGCUAGCGAGGAGAAGGUAGGCCAGGAAGAACUUUAUGAAGCCGCCGAGAAGGUUCUGAGCGAACUGAAAGCCAUGACUGAGCACUCAUCGUUCUUCUUGUCGAGAGUUAACAAGCGCGAGGCCCCGGACUAUCAUACUGUUAUCAAACAUCCGAUGGAUUUGGGAACCAUGACAAAGAAGCUCAAGACCUUGCAAUACAAAUCGAAGCAGGAGUUUGUUGACGACCUUAACCUUAUCUGGGCCAACUGUUUGAAAUAUAACGCAUCGCCGGAACACUUUUUGCGCAAACAUGCCCUAUUUAUGAGAAAAGAGACAGAAAAACUUGUCCCCUUGAUACCCGAUAUUGUGAUUAGGGAUCGUGCAGAGGUAGAGGCAGAAGAGCGUAGACUUCAGCUAGCCGAAAUGGACGGUGCAGAAGAGAGUGAUGACGAACCUAUCAUGUCGUCAAGAGGCAGAAAGGCCCCCGGAAAAAAGACAUCUCAGAAAGGAGCUGCUGCCCCAAGCCGGCAAACACCAAGUGGCUCAGAGGCCCCUUCCGGACCAUUAGGCUCUCAACCGAAGAAUUCGGUAGGCCCCGAUGCAGAUGGUCUGGCAGAAGGGAGUCAGAACGGAUUGUCCACUCCGCCACCAGGAACACUAACCCCUCUUGGUGCAAAUGGCAUUGGAGCAGCCGCCUCUGGUAGUCAGCUCGAUGCCAUGGAGAUGGACAGUUUUGUUGCACCUGCUCUGACAAUGGCUGGCACGUCUGCGAUAGGCUUUGAUUACGACGACCCCGAAUAUCAAAUUUGGAAGCAGGUCACCAAGAAGGAUCGCGCUCUCAUCGCAGCUGAACGACAUCGUCUUUUCAAAGGAGACAAAUUGAAUGCUGAAGAGCGCGCGCUACUUCGGACCAAGACGGGCAUGCGAAGAUGGCUAAAAAAUCAGAAACAGGCUGGCCCUGAAUCUGAUAAAGCGGUCGAAUCUCAGAGUAAUGCUUUGCAGCCGGAGACCAGUGAAACGCUUGCUGAGGGAAUUGAGGAAGAAGACGACAGAGUCAUUCCAGAUUAUUAUGAUGUCAUGUCAGGGAUUCCAGAUAUUCCACCACAUUUGGUGUGGCGCGAAGAUGCUGAGGGUAACGUGGUCGAUAACAUGGAGGAAUUCUUACAUAUUCUGCCAAAGGGAUCUUUUACGCAGCCUGAUAGCAAACUGUCUCGAAGGAUGGAUGCUAAUAUGCGACAAAUGCAAGAGACGAGGAAGAUCUGUUCCAAAGUCAGCAUUGUCAAGCAGAUGCAACUUCAGUCUCAGGUUUAUCAGAAUCAAUUCCAGAAAUAUAAUCCUGAACCAUUCGUGGAACAGGAUGUGUCAACACACGUUAUGAAUGAUGAAGGACCUGUGAUAAACCCAUGGAUCUCCAAAGCGGCACUGCAGCGGUCCGUUGGAAAACUUCUUUAUCAUACUGGAUUCGAAGAGUAUCAACCAUCGGCUUUGGACGCCAUCACCGACAUUGCUUCUGAAUUCUUCGUGAAGAUCAGUCGGACAUUGAAAGAAUACAUGGAAGCUCCAAAGAUUCCAGUCACUGAAACUUCUGACGUAUCGAACUCGAGUGCUGCGAAAUACAAGUCGCCAUAUACACAGCAGGAAGUCAUUCUUCAUACUCUUUCAGCAGUGGGAACCGAUGUUGAAUCUCUAGAGUCAUAUAUCAAGGAUGACAUUGAACGUGUUGGGACAAAGCUUGGAGUCAUUCAUGAACGUCUCCGUGCCCAUUUCACUGAAUUACUUAGACCGGCGUUCCAUGAUACCACCGGGGAUGGCUCCAAUGCAUUCAACGACGGGAGCGAGCAAUUUGUUGGAGGAGACUUUGCAGAGGAUAUUGACGAGGAUUUCUUUGGUUUCAAGGAAAUGGGCUUGGAUAGAGAGUUUGGUCUUGCUAGUUUGAGUGUGCCGUUCCAUCUUCUUCAAAAUAGGAUGUACAACGCGCACCAAUCACAAAACACAAGUGCUUCCCAAACCGCAAGCACUUUAUUCCCCGUCCCACCGCCGUAUCCACAUAUUACGAUGGAGUCGCUUCCUUCACAAAUUGGUUUGGUACAAAAUUUCUUCUUGCAGAAGUUGCAGGCCAACGGUGAAGAGCCUCUUACAGAAGAUCUCGAACUUCCUCUCAAACAACGCCCCUCUCGUCCAAAGCUUCCAGGUUCAGGCAAAAUUGUUCCGCCCAGCAACUCAAACCUCACAACGAGCCCUCAAAAGCGACCGUUACCACCAAGCAUCGCACAGAUGUCUUCGAGUAAAACAGGACUCAGCUUUGCAGAGCCUAGCAAGAAGAAAGCCAAGAAGAACAAUGGUACCUCUGCUGACACUUCUACUUCGACUACAAUGGGACCGUCAGGCAACGACGAGUCAUUCGCUUCAUUGAUCGGUGACUCAAAGCUUUCGACGGAGAACAAACCUGGUGAUCAAGCUGCUAGCAACAAACUACCUGGUGAGCAUCUCAAAGGCGAUCUAGGGGCAUCGAAUGACGGCGUUGGGAUGACGGGUUCCAGCGCUACGUUGACUGGUGAGGUUGAUCCACAUCAUGACAAACUCAAUGGCAUCAACUCAUCCAACAAUGAGAACGCCGCCGGGACAACAAGCAUGAUGAGCCCCGAAAGCAUCAACGGCCACUCUUGAAAUCGAUCAUCAAAAACCCGCUCAUGUCGCUGUUAAUCCACUUUUCCAAUAAAAAGAUUAUCCUAUCUCGUUCUGAGGCCCCUCGCAAUGCCAUUAACUAUCCACAUAUCCACUGUUCUCAAUCGUCUUAUUCACGUUUCCUCUUUCUUCGCCCACUCUCUUCUUUCAUUCACUUUAGUUCAGUAUGUAGCUCGGUCUUACCCUCCCAUGGAUUCAUUCUGAAAUACAUGCCCUGGACGGAUGUCUCUGUAAUUUAAUAUUAUUGCCACGUUCAUACUACGCGUUACUCCCAUUGCAUCUAUAUCUCUGGCGGAGGGAGAUUUGUCGUUCGAAAACUACCACAGAUGAAUUAUACUGUACUAUUGCUUCGAGCGCAUGGAAAUACUGAGAAAGCCAUUAUUGUACUGAUUCUAAGUCUGUUCU